AUGCCUAUCAUCAGCAACACCAACCAUCAUUUUAGCAACCUGUCUGUCAGCGAUGACAGUAGCAUUGACCGGAUCUUUACAGAGAUUCCUGAGACAGAGACAGUUAAGGGCAUGUAUUACCAACGUGCAAGGUUUCUGCGACGAUCUGAAGACAUGGUGUCUGUGGAUCAUGGCAUGCAGGCACUUAUUAACGUCGGUGGAAACCGUUACAUGCUACCAUGGAGCACACUGGAGCAGUUCCCCAUGACGCGCCUGGGCAAGUUGCGUACGUGUCAGAGCCCAGAGGAGAUUGCCGGUGUGUGCGAUGACUAUGACGAGGCACGUCGGGAGUUCUUUUUCGACCGGAGCCCUAGUGCCUUCAGGGUCAUCCUCAACUUCUUGGCAGCGGGCAAGCUGCGACUGCUGCGUGAGACAUGUGCACUCUCACUGCAUGAUGAGCUGGCCUACUGGGGCAUCGAGACGACCUGCAUGGAGCGCUGCUGCAAGCGCAAGAUGUACAUGCGUCUGGAGGAGGUGGCCGAGCAUGAGCGUCGCAAGCAGGAGGAGCGCAAGAGGUGCAGUGCACAAGAGCGUCCUCCUCAGGACGACACAUGUUAUCGGAGAUUUAUGAGCCAUCUCAGGGACAUGGUGGAGAACCCACAGUCAGGCCUUCCAGGGAAGUUGUUUGCCUGCUUUUCUGUGAUCAUGGUAGCCAUCACGGUCGUCAGCUUGUGCAUCAGCACAAUGCCUGACCUGCGGGAGGAGGAGGACAGGGGCGAGUGCUCUCAGAAGUGCUAUCACAUGUUCAUUGUGGAGACUGUCUGUGUGGCCUGGUUCUCACUCGAGUUUGUGCUCCGCUUCGUGCAGUCUCGCAGCAAACUAGAGUUUCUGCGUGGACCGCUCAACAUCAUCGACGCUCUGGCCAUUCUGCCCUAUUACGUAUCCCUGGCUGUGGACGAGGAUGAAGACAAAACUGGCCUGGACAGCGAGCGCUCAUCAGCAGGCAAGGGCUACUUGGACAAGUUAGGCCUGGUGCUACGAAUACUGCGGGCAUUGCGCAUAUUGUAUGUGAUGCGGCUGGCCAGACACUCGCUGGGCCUGCAGACGCUGGGUCUGACAGUACGCAGGAGUACACGUGAGUUUGGCCUACUGCUGCUUUUCUUGUGUGUGGCUGUCACACUGUUCUCACCUCUUGUGCACCUGGCUGAGAGCGAACUGAGCGGGGAGCAGGACUUCAGCAGCAUCCCCGCUUCCUACUGGUGGGCAAUAAUCUCUAUGACAACAGUGGGCUAUGGCGACAUGGUUCCAAGGAGCAUUCCUGGACAGGUAGUGGCUCUUAGCAGCAUCCUGAGUGGCAUUCUUAUCAUGGCCUUUCCAGCCACUUCCAUCUUCCACAUGUUCUCACGGUCCUACCAGGAGCUCAAGCAGGAACAUGACCGCCUUAUGAAGGAGGAGUGCGCUAAAGCCGCUUUAGCAGCCUCAGAUGGGCUGGAUGAGGAGACGGAAAUGGCUGGGAAUCAUCCUACUCAUGUACUAGCUGUUCCUCCAGAUCCUGAAACUGCUGGAGCUGCUGUUGAUGUCUCAAGAUUAAAAAACACUGGAGACUCUUUAGGGAAUGACAGACACUCCUUACCAGCGGGUGCUUUGUAA